AGUGUCAAAUCGUGUGUUUUGACUUGCAAUUUUUUCGACUGUGUGUGAAAAAGAAGAAAAACACAAAAGAAAAUCCUUGUCCUUUUUCGCACGACCCAAUGUCGUCACUGUGAUAUUUUGGCACGAACUGCGACCUUGCGAUGAAUUUGACGCUUCUUCCUGCUGGAACAACUACUUUUUCUUCGUUAUUGACUAAUUUUACUGUGAGUUCUGUGAUUGCGGGCGAUUAUGCAAAAAUCCUUUACGAGCACCUUGUAAACUAUUUGCGGAGCGCCCUGGACCAUUUGGUGAUACUACUGUUAAUUUACACUCUCGGGUGUCUCGUUAGCUACUGGUUGAUUUGCUAUUCGCGACGAUGGUGGCGAAGAUUUCGCGGACCGUUCCGCGCCACGAAGCUUCCUGCUGUGAAACGGACCUUGAUUGUGACAGCGCAUCCCGAUGACGAAAGUAUGUUUUUUUCGCCGACAAUUCUCGGCUUGAAGGAGCAAGACCCAAAAUGUCGGAUUUUCGUGUUGUGCUUGUCAAAUGGAAAUUUUGAUAAAAAGGGACGCGAACGACGACGCGAAUUGUGGAAUGCGUGUGAAGUGCUGUCGAUUGACCAAAGUGACGUCACACUUUUGAAUGCGACACAUUUGCAAGACGAUCCGAAUACGGAGUGGAAAGUCGAGAUAAUCGCCCAAAUUGUCCUGAAACACAUCGAAGCGUUGGAUAUUGAACUUGUUAUCACAUUUGAUAAGGACGGCAUUAGUCACCAUCCGAAUCAUUGUGCCAUAUUCUACGCCGUUGCCUCACUUUGUUUCUCGUCCAUGUUACCGAAAGAAUGUAAAGUACUCACACUCGAAUCCGUGAACGUUCUGCGUAAAUACAUAUCUCUCUUUGACUUGCCGAUCAGCUUACUCAUGUCAUCGAAUUGGUCAAUUCUAUCAUGGGCGAAUCGUCGACAUGCACAACGAGCAAUGUGUGAACACAAAUCGCAACUUCUCUGGUUCAGGCGGCUUUACAUCAUUUUCAGUCGUUACAUGAUCAUCAAUUCAUUGCGCGAGAUAGACUUUGAAUUUGAUUUUGAAUUUGAUGUCUUGGAGAAUUCCUGACUGACGAUUUGCACGAUUUUUUGUUGAACAAAGAAAGUUUACCUGUACCUUAAAAAAUAAAGAACAAACACAAGAAUGUUGCGCAACAACCCAGAAAAUAAUUAAAAGUCAGAACCAAAGUUGUGUACUUUCUUGUGCUUUGGAUUUUUCUCUAUUGAUAUGUUACCGCCCAAUUUAUUUAAGUUUUUUUUUGUUGUUAGUCGAAUGACAGUCAAGAUGCAAGCACGUUUUAAAGAUAAAAUAAAUAUAUUUAAAUAAAUAAUGAAUUAAAUUAUUAAAAUAAAUAAAUUUUAAACUUACUAUGAUGCUAAAUAUUGUAAGAAAUUAUUA